CCCGUGAGCUCAAAUUAAACGAACGUUUUGCGUCACAAUGAAGCACUUGGCUGCGUUGAGUAUCCUUUUGGUACUGGGAACCGUUCUGGCAGACAGUGACAGCGAUAGCGACAGUAGCAACAGUGGAGAACAUAAAAAUAACAAGCACACUUUCACGGAGCACAAGUACAAUUAUCCAGCCUAUCCCACACCCUAUGGCUUUGGCUAUCCAUAUGCAUACAAUGCAUACCCUUAUAAUCAGCUGAUGCCACAGUAUCCAAACCAGCCACCGCCGUAUGCCUAUCCUCCGUAUCCUUACAAUCCGUACAUGCAGGCGCCGCCGCCGCCUCCCCAGCAGAUGCCACCGAUGUAUCCAUCUCCAUAUCCACCGCAGCAGCAGCAGCAAGUCGCUGGACAGAAUCCCAGCUGGAACCCCAACUCAUCUCCAAAUCAGCAGCUGCCACAACAACCUACGCCCGGACCUGGUCUCCCCACUCCUUACCCUCAACAAGGAGGCUCCAGUGUGAUCAAUCACUCCCUUAAAGUCAACAAGGAAUACAACGAGGAUGGACACCACUCAUCGCCCUAAACAACUAACUCUUUUUGAUGUCUUAAAAAAAUACAAGUAAUUUUAUUUACUUUUGGAAGUA